AAGUGGGGUUGCUGGCGAGUGUGAGUCUCAGUCCAGAGAGGUUUUAACAACAUGGUCCAUGAACACCAGGAAGGAGACUGGCCGUAAUUACCACCCUUUUUCUGAUGUCGUUGGACGCAAAAAUGAAAAAUGGCUCUCCUGAGAAAAAUUAACCGCUUCCUCCUGGUGCUGCUGGUGCUGAUGGUGGGCCUCCUGCUGCACAGUAUACUGCUCAGAGCCUCCGCUCGGCCCACACUCUCAGGUCACUGGAAGAGCGUCGGAUCUGCAGCGGGAGUUCCCACAGUGAGAGUGUCGGAGGCGGAUCAUGUCAUCCCCGUCGUCAUAUGUGCAUCGGAGGAGCGUACUGGUGCAACCAUGGCAACCAUCAACAGCGUCUAUAGCAACACAGACGCCAACGUGUUCUUCUAUAUUGUCACUCUUCGUGAUGCCGUGAAACUGAUGAGGCAAUACAUAAUGAGGACUAAACUGAAAGGCAUCAAAUAUAAGAUAUUGGAAUUCAACCCCAUGGUUCUAAAAGGAAAGGUGAAGCCAGAUUCCUCUCGACCCGAUCUGUUACAUCCACUCAACUUUGUGCGUUUUUACCUACCUCUGCUUGACAUCAACCAUAGGAGGGUGAUAUACUUAGACGAUGAUGUCAUUGUGCAGGGCGACAUCAAGGAUCUGUUUAAUAUCAAACUGAAGCCAGGUCAUGCUGCUGCCUUCUCCACUGACUGCGACCUGCCCUCCACACACGAGAUGGUGCGCAGCAUCGGCAUGCAGACAACCUACAUGGGCUUCCUGGACUAUAGGAAAGAGAUAAUUAGAGACCUGGGCAUCAACCCAACAGAUUGCUCAUUCAACCCUGGAGUGUUUGUGGCAGAUGUCAGCGAAUGGAAGAAACAGAAGAUCACUAAACAGCUGGAGAAAUGGAUGGAGGAGAAUUUCAGGCAGAACAUAUACAGCAGUGCCAUGGCUGGAGGCGUGGCGACUCCGCCCAUGCUAAUAGUGUUUUAUGACAAAUACACAACACUGGACCCAAUGUGGCACGUCAGACACCUGGGCUGGAGUCCAGAUGCCCGCUAUUCAGAGAGCUUCCUACAGGAGGCGCACCUGCUGCACUGGAAUGGUCCAUUUAAACCAUGGAAUUACCCUGCUGUUCACAUGGAUCUGUGGGAGAGGUGGUUCAUCCCAGACCCCUCCAGAAGGUUCUCCUUGGUGCGGCCUGAGAGCAAAGGCUGAGGUCUGGGGAACAUAUCAUGUCUGAGCCACAGGCGGACGAAGCAUGUGCAGGUCAGGGCUGCGGUCGAAUAGUAGAAAAAAAAAAUUACGUCUUUUUCAAAACCUUUUUCCUUGACCUCGAUAUAAAACAUCAUGAGGUCAAGGAAAGAUGUGAAGGAGAAUUCAUAAGCACUUAGAAAAAGACAACCGAGGUGCUCAGACAAUCUGACUGUACAUACACUGGGCUACGUAGCUGGACUACUAAAAGUACAUCUUAGAUACUUCGCCCUGUGUGUUUGACCGUGUUGUUUCAUACUGGUUUUAAAAACGUUGACAACGCAAUUUAUAUAUUACCAAGGUUACAAUUUGAAUAAAAAAGGAACCAGGCUGUGGUUGGGUUGGUUCAGUGGGUAGAGCAGGGGCACAUAUACUGAGAGGUUUAUGCCUCGACACAGA